AUCGUCGCUUUUAUUACCUCUAGUCGUGGUGCUCGCCACGCCCCCGCGGAUCCUUCCACUGGGAUUGUAUUGGUUUGUUGACUGUUCAGAGAGGAAGGUAGGGGAGCUGGAGCGGUGUUUGGUGCUUGAGAAGAGUCAUGGAGCCGUGCGAUGGGAGAACUCUGUUAGUGAGGGUUUCUUUCUUCCUUCCCCUCCUCUCCAAGUUCUUAGUCGGCUCCAGUCACUUUUCUGACAACCAAGUGGUUCUGCUUGACACCACAACGGCUAUCGGGGAAUUAGGAUGGAAAACCUAUCCAGUGAAUGGGUGGGAUGCCAUCACAGAAAUGGAUGAAUAUAAUCGGCCUAUUCAUACAUACCAAGUAUGUAAUGUCAUGGAAGCAAACCAGAAUAACUGGCUCCGCACUAACUGGAUCUCUCGGGAUGCAGCACAGAAGAUAUUUGUGGAGAUGAAGUUUACUCUCAGGGACUGUAACAGCAUUCCUUGGGUGGUGGGGACUUGUAAGGAGACCUUUAACCUUUACUACAUGGAAUCUGAUGAUGCCCAUGUAGUGAAAUUCAAGCCCAAUCAGUAUAGUAAGAUCGAUACUAUUGCAGCUGAUGAGAGUUUCACACAAAUGGAUUUGGGGGAUCGCAUUCUGAAACUGAACACUGAGGUCCGAGAGGUGGGGCCAAUUACCAGAAAAGGGUUUUACCUUGCAUUUCAAGAUAUUGGAGCCUGUAUAGCUUUGGUGUCAGUACGUGUCUACUAUAAGAAAUGUCCGUACAUGGUGCGAAACUUGGCUAUGUUUCCAGAUACUAUUCCAAGGGUGGAUUCAUCUUCUCUUGUUGAAGUUCGAGGGUCCUGUAUCAAAUAUGCAGAGGAGAGAGACACCCCUAAACUUUACUGUGGAGCUGAUGGAGACUGGCUGGUACCACUUGGACGCUGCGUCUGCAGUGUUGGAUAUGAGGAAGUGGAUGGAACUUGUCAUGGUGAUAGCUGUCAAACAGAAAAGGAAAUGAGAAAAAGCUUGUACAGGUAG